AUGACUACUUCCGAAGGUCCCAAAGCAAACGAAGCGUGGACAUUCUCUUCGUUACGUCACCAUCUCACUAGUUUGGCUGAACGGGAUGGCUUCAGAGACCGCUUACGAGUGCAUGGAAUCAGGGGUGCUAUGGCAAACAAAAUCGAUCCCAAGGCAUCAGCCGCGACCCGCGGCCAGGCGUUAGAUCAUAUGGAUCAUGACUCAUACUUGAAAUACCAGUCAUCGCUCAAAGCAGUAGAUAUGAUGGCUCUGUACCAUGACCUGGAUCCGGAUUAUGAAUGUCGUGAAAUGGAACAGAGCAUGGCCCACCACCGUGAUCAAAAUGUUCCGCUUCGACUUGAUGCUGCCUCUCUCGCAGAGUUCGAAAAAGAUGAGGAAGUGAUUCUGAUUAACCAACGGAUCAGUGAACUGACGCAGGAGAUUCAUGGCCGGCCUGAUAAACAUGCCGACUUAGUAUCGGAGAGAUCUAAACUUUACACCCGGAAAGCCAAAAAGCUCCGCACCAAACGUUCCGAAUUCAUUGAAAAUUGGUGGAAUGUUUGCUAUGACGAGUACAUUAUUGGGAACGACUUUUUGGAACGCGACACUACCUGCCUUUUUCAAAUUUACCGUAAAUAUAUGCCUGAAAGAGCACGCUUAAAUGACAACAUUUUCAAGCAAGUGCCUCUCGAUAGUGAUGUUGGGAGGCAAUGUUUACGUGAUGCGUCUUUGUACUUCAGUCGAGAAGGUGGCAUAUUAUCCGGGCAUGACUCCCGUAGAGGGAAAAUGUCCAAUAUGUGCCAAGCAGAUGUCAAGCGGAGCCUAGGUCCAACUGUGUUGCAAGGAAAAGGCCAUGGACUGAGACAUCAAUGGCUCUGGAAUCCGUUCAUGGGGAUCACGAUGGCGAGGGUAAAAUAA